AAAAAAUCAUGUUCCUUUGAAGAAAAUUCAUUCAUGUAAAAAGAACAAAUUUAUUAUCCAACGAAUAGGGACUGUUUUCUCCUAUGUUUCAUUUGGCGCAUCAUCGCGCGCGUGACUCACUAACAUAACCUGUCUGGUUCAGAACAAGAGGUUUCUGGACUUUCUUUUUUUAAUUUCAUUUCAAUAUUUGCGGGUGGUUGCUCGGGACUACCUAGAUCUAAUUCAGAACCGGGCGUUUCUGGGCGUUUUCUGGUCGAUUCAGCUAAGUGAAACAGCCAAAAAGAGAUUUUGGUAAAGAGCGGAAACAUGAAUAUAUUCAGAUUAGCGGGGGAUAUGACCCAUUUGGCAAGCGUGCUGGUGUUGCUUCUCAAGAUCCACACCAUCAAAUCAUGCGCCGGUGUUUCUUUAAAGACGCAAGAAUUAUAUGCUAUUGUUUUCGCUGCUCGCUACUUGGAUAUAUUCACAGACUAUGUCUCUCUCUAUAACACUGUGAUGAAAUUGAUAUUCUUAGGAAGCUCUUUCUCAAUUGUCUGGUACAUACGGCAUCACAAAAUUGUUCGGAGAUCAUAUGAUAAAGACCAAGACACUUUUCGCCACUACUUCCUGAUUCUCCCGUGCUUACUUUUGGCUUUGCUCAUACAUGAGAAGUUUACAUUCAAAGAGGUUAUGUGGACCUUCUCCAUAUAUUUGGAAGCUGUUGCGAUUCUGCCUCAGCUAGUCUUGCUGCAGAGGACAAGAAACAUUGACAACUUGACUGGCCAAUAUGUUUUGCUCUUGGGGGCAUAUCGUUCCUUGUACAUUUUAAACUGGAUUUAUCGCUACUUCACGGAGCCUCACUAUGUUCAUUGGAUAACUUGGAUAUCAGGCCUUGUUCAGACAUUGCUUUAUGCUGAUUUCUUCUACUACUACUUCCAAAGCUGGAAGAACAACACAAAGCUCGCGUUACCGGCUUGAGCCUGGAGAGAACAGAGAUCUACUGAAAGUGCAUCGAAUGAAUGUCUUAGAAUUUUUGUCUGGGUGGUUGCUGUUGACCCUCUCACAGCCUUGGCACAUGUAGUAGGUCAUUUGUACACUGGAAAGCACCACAACUUUUUUAUGGUUUAUGAUUCUUAUAGAUCAUGCUUCCCUCGGUACACUUUUAGUUCAGAGAUGCUAUAACAUUGUGAAGAUGUUUGCCUAUAGAACUUAUUUAUUUAUCAUUCAUUAUUUUAUGAUUUUAUCUAAAUACAAGCAAUGAGGG